AUGAUACCUAGCACCUCUGAAGAUCCUUUUCACAAAAUUAUUUUAAAAUAUAGUUCUGAAAAAUCAGAAUUCUUAAAAGAAUCUACUUCUCAAUACGGAUACAAUGGAUCUGUUUAUCUUGAUCAUUCUGGUGCGACUAUAUAUGCAAAAAGUGUCAUAAGUUUCUUCACUAAUAAUCUUACAAAUAAUCUUUUUGGAAAUCCUCAUUCAUACAAUCCCAGCUUAAGACGUUUUGCUGAAGAAAAUAAUUCUCCUAUUAUUCAAGCUAUAACUGAAAAGGAUUUAGAGUCAUCUUUUAAAAAUAUUCAUGAAUAUCUGAUUAAUGAUAACUUACAUUCUGAAAUAAAUCAAGAUAUU